AUGUUCAUUAAAAGGGCAAAGUCCCGUCCCUCCCUGCGAACAAGGGACUCGGACCUACCAGAAUCGACCAACACAGGCUCACCAUUAGCCAAGAGCAGUGUGACCGCCGACGAUGCCAUGGGAGAUAUCAGUAUGGAGGUGGAUCCGGACGAGUCAAGUGGUAGUAUAAUGGAGCGUAAGAAAGCUCAGAAGAAGGAUAAACAGCGUACAGGCGGGAAAUCUAAGAGUUCUGGAAGUAGAUUAAGCUUCGGUGGUGGUGAAGAAGAAGCAGGAGGAAGUGAACCUUUCAAACCUAAGAAAAGUCUUUUAUCACAAUCUAUCAAAUUGCCCAAUCCAUCCAUUCCUUCUUCUAGUACUUCUACACCAACAGGAUCCGGAAGUGGGAAUGGAAAUGGAAAUGGCUUGUAUUCGAGAGAAUAUCUGUCGGAGUUGAAAGCCUCCACGCCAACUCGAGCACCACGUACGACAGAGAUUCAAGAUGAUGAAGACGAAGAUGUUGAUUCGAAUGGACUGAGCAAGAUUGCUAGAGAUAAAUAUUCGACAUCGAUAAUAGAGGAUACUACCCCUGGGAUACCGGACACAGCUGCUAUAGCGGCUGCGAAAGCGAAACGACAGGCAGCGCUGGAAAGUUCAAAACAUGGUGGGAUGGGUGAAGAUUAUAUUUCGUUAGGUAGUGGGAAACUCGCGAUAUACGACGGUGAUUCUGGUCCACAUCCUGAGAGUAGAUUGAUGAGGGAAGAUGAUGAAGAAGGAGAUGGGGAUGAAGACAUGGCUGAAUAUACUGAGGCGAAAGAUAAACUGUAUCUUGGUAGAGAGGCUAAUAAGGCUGCUGCGAGGAGGCUGAAGGGAGAAAUAGGUGAACUGAUCGCUGAAAGGGAAGCCGAAGAUGAAGAAACGUUGGAAUGGGAACGAGCACAAGCCCACAGAGCUGGUAGAUGGGAAGACGAAAAGCCGGAGAAAAUGACAAAGCAGGGAUACAAACCUGCGCCAAUACCAACUGCUCGACCCAUACCGACCAUAUCAUCCGCUCAAGCUCGACUAGCGAAAUCUCUGGCUGAUCUUCAAGUCGAUAAGUCGACCAAUGUCCGUAAUUUGGAGACGGUAGCACGAGACUUGACUUCUCUGGAGCAGGAGGAGCGGGAACUCAAGCUAGAAGUGGAGAAAGUGGAAGGAAAGAGAGAAUGGGUCGAGGAGUUCAGGAAUUGGGUGGAGAUGCUGGGUGGCUUCCUAGAGGAAAAGUACCCGAAAUUGGAGAAUAUCGAAACCGACUCUAUAGCUCAUUUCAAGGAACGUGCGCAGAUGGUCAACUCCCGUCGCUCUGCAGAUGAUAGCGAUGAUUUAUCUCUGUUCUUGGGUGUUCCUGCUCCGAAUACGGAAGAAGAUGAGAAGGACGAAUUUGGUCGUUCGACCGAAUCGGAAGCUGGACCAAGUUCGAUAAGACGUAAGAUACGCAGAGAUCAGCGAAUAGCAAGAAGAGGAAAACGUCGAGCAAGGUCCACCAAAUCGAUCACCGAGGAACAAGGGUAUUCGACGGAUUCAAGUCUUGCUGAAGGGGAUCAAGAGGACUAUCGAUCUGCUCAAGUACAUUUGGAAAGGAGAGUUCACGCCCUGCUGGAUGAUGUGAAAGCGGAAGAUUUCCGUGAUCCCGAGAAAGGUCUGAUGGUGAGAUUUGGUGGUUGGAGAAAGAGAUACGAAGAAGAGUACGUAAAUGCGUUUGGUGGUUUGGCAUUAGUCCAGGCUUGGGAGUUCUGGGCGAGGGGUGAAAUGGUUGGAUGGGAGCCUCUAAGGAGCUCAAAGACCCUAGACUCGUUCUCAUGGUUCCAUUCCCUUCAUCAUUAUUCUCAUCCACCUCUACCUCGUACUGAACAACCUGAAGACGACGAUAUGGACCUCGACGAUGAGCCUCCUCUUGGACCAGAUGGAGAUCUUGUCGCUUCUAUGGUGUCUUCUGCCGUUGUCCCGCUACUUAUCAAAGCCUUCGAAGCUGGAGCAUAUGAUCCGUACUCGAUGGGACAGACGAGAAGAGCGGUGGAUCUAGUUGACGUGGUGAGGGAGAUGAUGGGCAAGGAUAGUAGGAAGUACACUACCCUGUUGAAAGCAGUACUGGGUGUAUAUCACGAACACCUCUUAUCCCUUUCCUCAACAAUUUCAUCUAUCCUCGCAUUGGGAUCGAUACCUCCCCCAGCGUUUGAUCCUGCUUCUCGUCCAGCUAUGGAAAGGUAUCUCACACGACGUAUCAAGUUGAUCAAGAACAUGGCUUUAUGGAGAAGAGAAGCGCCUCAGGAGACUAGGGAGCUGGUGAUCAGACUUGUAGGGGAAGUGUUACGGCCUAUCUUAGGUAAGACAUGGGAUGGCGGAGGUAAAGAGAUGGCUUCGAAGGUGUUAACGGCUGCUACUGGUCUCCUGAGUCCUGAUCUUGUGGGAUGGCUCCAGCAAGGUCCGGGCAGUAGGUGGUAG